GCACGGCGAGGUGUUCUGAUUUUGUUUUGAUUUUAUUUUUGACUUUUGAUCGCCUUUUUUCCCCCAGAAUGGAUUAUUUCCCCAUGAUUUUCUCGCUGCUGUUAGCGGCUCUCCAAGGACCUGCAGGAACAGCGGUCCUUGGAGCUGAGCUCAGCACCCCUGCUGAGAGAGGAGGGGAAAGGCCCCCUCCCACUGCGCCCUGGAGGCCCCGCAGGUCCAAGCGCUGUUCCUGCUCGUCCCUGAUGGACAAGGAGUGCGUCUACUUCUGCCACCUGGACAUCAUCUGGGUCAACACUCCCGAGCACAUUGUUCCGUAUGGACUUGGAAGCCCUUCUAGGUCCAAGAGAUCCUUGAAGGAUUUAUUUUCUAUGAAGUCUGCAGACCACAAGACUAGAUGUCAGUGUGCCAGCCAAAAAGACAAGAAGUGCUGGUACUUUUGCCAAACAGGAAGAGAACUCAGGGUCCAAGACACGACCCAGAAAGGCUGGAAUAACAACAAGAAAGGAAAAGACUGUUCCAAGCUGGGAAAGAGGUGUGUCUACCAGCAACUGGUAGAUGGAAGGAAAAGAAGGUUGGAGGCCAUCAGCAACAGCAUCAAGACAUCUUUUCGUGUUGCCAAGUUGAAAGCUGAGCUCUACAGAGAACGUAAAGUGACCCACAACCGAACGCAUUGACUACAGACUGUCUAGAUCCAUCCAAAGCCAUCGCCUCCACAGAGGGAACCUCACAACCCUGCACUACGCACGCUGGCUGGGACCAGAGCAAGGACGACUGUCCCGCUGAAACCACUUCUUGUUCCAGACUGGCAAAGGACCAGCAUCCUCCUUCGAAACAUUCCAAGAAAGGCUAAGCGGGUUCCCGGCUUGCCUUCAUUUGCUUCCACUGGUAGUGAUUGCUUUGCUCCUCUUGCUGUUGGGGACGACCAUGGACCUCUCAGAGCAGAGACACAAUGACAGUCGAAUUAGGGUGGCAUCUUCCAGGGUGAGGAAGGAGAUUCCAUACCAGGGUGGAGCUUCAGAAGAAAUUCCUAAGGGAGUGUUUGUGUCUGACUCAGGCGCCUGGCACAUUUCAGGGAGAAACUCCAAAGUCCAUGCAAAGAUUUUCUAAGGAAUGCACAAAUUGAAAACAUACUCAAAGGACAAACACUUGAGUUAAUUUAAGGAACAAAAAGAGAAUGAAAGAAGAGACUUUUGAGUCACAAAAUACAAAACUCAAAGAAGCUGUUACUACUGUAAGUCAGAGAGAAGGUGUUUCAUGAAUAUGAGUCUACCUCGCCUCCAUUGCACUGUCACACCUGUCCCCCACCUUUAAUUAUUACCCCCAAACUCUUUUCUCCUUCUGGCCUCCUCCCAGCCCUCCAUGCUAAAUCCUAGCUUCCUUGAAGUCUGGUCCAGUGUGUCAGUAGAUAAAACAUUUAAUGCUAGUCUGCUAGCUCUGACCCAUAUGAGGAAAAGGAAAAAAAAGAUCAUGGCGUCACAAGAGUCCGUCCCUUGGCUUCUAGAAACACAAUGGUAAAAGGCUGGUUAUGAAAGACAGUGAAGAGUUGGUUGUGCUUUAAAGCAGUAAAAUUACUUCCCCAUAUGUAACCUGCUAACAGAAAAGGUUAGAUUGAAUUUUGAUGUACUUAUUUUUUUAAUAGAUAUUUAUAUUCAAACAAUUUAUUCCUUAUAUUUACCAUGUUGAAUAUA